CGCCGCCGCCGACGCCUCCACCUGACCCGCGGCCAACGCCUCCACCUCGCACACGCCCUAGAACGCCGCCGCCGCCAUCUCGGACGCGUCCACAGCCCCAAUCUCAGCUCGAUCCUACGCGUCGACUCGUCUCCCAGAUCGGCAAGGCGACCCGUUCGUGCUGCACACCGCUGACCCAAUCUCCGUCUGAGGGCUGAGGCAGUAGCCCAAAGAACAACCAAAGCAGCAGAGGAAAAGUGAGGUGAGGAAAAUGGAUGAGGCGAACUCGUACGAGGAGCAGCGCAGGAGGCAGAUCGAGCAGAACAAGCGCAAGCUGGAUGAGCUGCGGGUGCACAAGCUCUCCGCCGCCGUCCGCCAGGCCGCCGCCAAGCCCAUGCAGGCCAAGCUGGUGAUGCCUCGGAAUCCGAGGCUGGAUGCCCCGACCCGAAGGUCCGGCCGCAUCGCCAGCCUCCUGGAGCAGCCUGACUACCGCGUUAGGAAGGAGAAUGGCGAUAUAAAGACCGAAUCACCUGAUCCAGUUCCAGUGUAUGCGACCAACGAAGAGAGAGCCUAUGCAUUCACCAAGGCCGAACAGCUCAACGGCCAGCUGGGCUCUGACCACCCAACCUUCAUCAAGCCUAUGUCCCACGGUUCCGCCAAAAAAUUGAGGCAUCUGAAUAUCCCAGUGCACUUCAGGCAGUAUCUCCCCGUGCAUGAUGAGACGAUGGUUCUGGUGGAUGAGGCGAAUAACGAGUUUGACGUGUUCUACCGUAUCAGCCACGAUCAUCGUAUGCAUCUUAACGGGUGGAGAGCGUAUUCUGCUUACCACGAGCUGGCUGAUGGUGACUGCUUGGUGUUCCAGCUGAUAGAGAGGAGAAAAUUCAAGGUUUAUAUAGCUAGAGCGAGUUCUUACAACAAAAAUGACCACUGAUGGUGCGAGCUUCCAAUAGUGCCAGAAGAGAAGGUGUAUGCAUAUUUUCAAUUGGGAUGGGCCGCUGAGAACUUGCCUCGCUGCUUUUUGGGGGGAAUUUGGAGGGCGACAGCUCUCAACCUAAGGAGACGAACAUGAGCAUUUGUUACUUCGGUCAAACUGGUACCCAAGAUGAAACGCUUUGAUGAACCAGUUGAUUGCUCCGUUGGAGAGACUGGGCAUUGUGGUUGUUGUUGUUGAUUAACAACCUUGUUCGGCUAGUAGGAGUAGUUGUUUUAAUACCAUUGUCUGUAGGUUAGAUGUUUGCAUUUCCUUGUUGGGGGCAGCCAGAUGUCUCGGAUGAGUGUCUAUCUUGAAAGCGUACGGUGUCACAAUGCUACAUUACAUCUCUCGGUAACCAGUUUUCAGUC